CUGUUGCAAGUGCAGCCUCAGCACACUUUGGGUACUGCAUCCUGGUUACGAAUCCUUAUUUUGGAGUAUUCUCUUUCUCUCGCUCACCAGUAGUGCAGUGACUGGUAACGACGACCGACAGCCACCCCGUCGAUGAUGAUGAUUGGUAACACACAGCUGAGCUGGCUGGCCGGCCGCCGUAUCCUCAGAGACCGUGACAAUGCUUCCAAUACACCAUUCGGAGUCGGCAGCAUCACGGCACGGCACAUCCAGUCCAGAGCAUAGCGCGCGCGAAUCCUGCCAUUCAGUACCUAGGGGUGCACACUCCGUCGUUGUCGGUCGUAGCCAGUCAGUGCCAGUAUAGAUAGCGUGGUAACGCACCAGGACUCGUUCAGUAUACAUCAAACUCUCGUCCUGUGCGGAUCCAUCCAUCCUUUGGCGGUGCUAAUGCGAAGUGGCUGCAAAGCAAGUGGUGUUUCAAAAUUUAAAAAAUAGCAAAUUUAAUCUGCUUGUUUAAGCUUGUUCAAGAGGACGGAUUCAAGUGAGAACUUGCCACUUGGGAUCGGUGUGGAAACCGCGCGAAUUUGUUGAAUUUGUUGGAAAGCAGCGGCGUGCAACCGGGCGGUUGAAAUUUGUGGUCGGAAAAUUAUAAUUGCAGCAGGUGUUCGAGCGCGCGAGCUGCCUGGGGGGUGUUGGAGAUUUGCAUUUUGGUGGUUGGAAAAGUUAAAUUGCCGUUAAGUGAGAAUGGUUGAUGAAGUGAAGUUUUGAUUUCACGAUUACAACGGAUUAACGACACAUGCACUUGAGGGAAUGUGGUGUGUGGUUUUGUGAGCUCUGAAGUGGAGAAUAACUUUGUUUUAGUGUACUUGUGGGGAUAAAUUCGGAAACUCCCUCUGGAGCACCUGCUCCUCCAUUUAGGAAACGUACUCGGAUUACACAGUUGAUCUACUUUGGAUUCCUCCAGGGCGGCGUCCAAGCUCAUCAAUCUCGUGAAGUUUCACCCGAACCAAAAAGAAAACUCCCGAAUGGCUACCACCGUCAAGUAGCAGACACUAAAUCACCACAUCCAACAGAUCGCUUUUCUCCCGAUACAACGACGGAAAACCAUCACCUCCGACCAACCGACCGACCGACUUCUGGUUUCAGGUGGACCUUCCUCGAUAGGAAGAUAGAGCACAACACGUGUGCUGUGCGUGUGUGAUUUCUUCCGCUAGGAUUACCGUGCAAGACAUAUCCUCGACGGAACAACAUCCAGCGAAACAAAAAUGCUGAGACAGCUGGUGGCAGUGUUGUUCGUGCUGCUGUGCGAGAUUAUCGCCGAUAUCAGUGCGAACUAUGGCGGGGAUCUGGGGAAACAGCGAAUCGGCGACCGAACGCAGACACAACUGGUGCGGCCUCCCUUUGGUCUGCUUGAAGAUGACCAUCUCCCGCUGUCAUCCCGUAUGACGGCAUCGCUGCAAACGGUCGGUUCCAUCAGUGCGACCGUUCAGGAGCAGCAUCUUUCGCCAUCGGCAGCAGUCCUGGAGGAAACCACCAUCGUGGUCAACGUGAGCGCCCUCUGGAGCAGGUACAUCGCCCUGUCCGGGUACAGCGGGCCUCCCAUCGAGGAUGCCUACCGGGAUCGGAUCAACCCGUUCUGGUUGCAGUUCGACCCACCGUCGCCGGCCGCCCACUACACGCUGGGAUUCAUCUACUUCAUGAUGAUGAUCUUCGGGCUGUGCGGCAAUCUGCUGGUGAUUCUGAUGUUUUUCAGGUUCAAAUCCCUCCGUACUCCAGCCAACUAUUUGGUCAUCAACCUGGCGAUAGCAGACUUCAUCAUCAUGCUGGAAGCACCGCUCUUCGUCUACAACAGCUACCACCAGGGUCCCGCAACGGGAAAUGUUUGGUGCACGAUCUACGCCCUGCUCGGUGCCGUCGGUGGCACGGUCGCCAUCGUAACGCUCACCAUGAUCUCGAUCGACCGGUACAACGUGGUGGUCUACCCGCUGAACCCGAAACGUUCGACCACUCGCCUAAAGGUGGCACUCAUGAUUGUGUUCGCCUGGAUCUACGGGUUGGUCUUCUCCGUCAUCCCAGCGCUGGACGUCGGCCUCAGUCGGUACACUCCGGAAGGUUUCCUCACGGCGUGCAGCUUUGACUAUCUGGACCGUUCCUGGGAUGCCCGCUUGUUCAUGUUCCUGUACUUCAUCUUCGCCUGGGUGGUCCCGAUCUUCGCCAUCACGUUCUGCUACAUCCAGAUCCUGCGAGUCGUCAUCGGUGCCAACAGUAUUCAGUCGAGCAAGAACAAGAGCAAAACCGAAGUCAAACUGGCCGGGGUGGUCAUUGGUAUAAUAGGGCUGUGGUUCAUCGCAUGGACUCCAUAUGCAAUUGUGGCAAUGAUGGGAGUCUUUGGAUACGAAAGCAUGCUAAGUCCUUUGGGCUCGAUGGUUCCUGCAAUCCUGGCCAAAACCGCUGCUUGCAUCGAUCCCUACUUCUACGCAAUGAACCACCCUCGCUACCGGCAAGAGCUGAGAAAAAUGUUCGGAAUGAAUCAGGCGGACCUUGGAAACUCCCAAUACCAGACUUCCCGGUACACCAGGAACGCUUCCCGAGUGGAAGACUCCGAAGGUGGCACCAGCGAACGCGUAACCAUCGGACGGAAACCAGGUAAGACCACCCCCACCGAAGAACCUAUUCCCUCCCCGCAGGCGGACCAGGCCCCCCAACCGACCUAUAGCAAAAACCUAGCCUCCAACAGUAGAGGCGCUCUUCAACGGGCUCAAUCUUCCAUUUCAGCAGCCGACGAUACGUCGCUGUCGGUUUCGAUUGACCUGACCGAGACCAACCCCAACAGCAACCACUAGGGCAGGUGAUGGCGCGGCCGGCAGCCUGUGCACCUGAUGGUGACCUACCGGACGUCCAGGGGCAACGACGAUGACGACCUCGCAGAGGAAGAGGACACCUUCGAGUGUUAGUGUUGAAUUUGACGAGUUCCGGAUAUGAAAUGCGGGAGUUCCGGAGCGAUUCCCUUUUUUAUAUGACGACUAGUAAUAAUUGAAACAGUGCCUUCUCGUGAUAGUAUUUUAAGAAACGUGGUAGACUUGAGGUUGUUUAAGAGUACAACGACGAUGUACAUGUACAAUUGAAACGAAAGCCGCGUGUGGAGCUUUUGAAAUAGUUAAUAAGAAUAUUUAUUCAAGUGGAUGCAAGGGGUGUAGAUCCCAUCCAGACGAGUGAUCAACUAAACGAUGAUA